AUGACUGAAGCGGACGGGGAGAAUGUGGCGACAAUCGCCUUCGAGCCAGUAGCGGUAUCCCCAUCAAGAAGCUUGGGAAACAACAUGGAAACUACUCCUAAGACGGCAAAGCCAAAACUCGUGCCUUCAACCCGAUUUGCUUUGGCAAUCAUUUGCUUUUUGGGAUGUGCUGUCACAUACACUUUGAGAACGAACAUGUCUUUGGCCAUCGUUUGUAUGGUCUCAGAAAACAAAACUAUGGGUGAACUGUCCGGAAAUGUUAGUAUCAACAAGUGUGGAAAAGAAGUUGUCGCUAGCAGCGAUUCUGUUAUCGGUGAAUUUGAUUGGGAUAAGGCUACUCAAGGAAGAGUGCUUGGAGCUUUCUUCUAUGGUUAUAUCGGAAGUCAAAUUCUUGGUGGAAUUAUUGCUAGCAAGUUUGGUGGUAAACGAAUCAUUUUCGCCUGUAUCCUUGGAUCAUCCCUCUUCACCCUACUGAGUCCUAUUGCUGCCAGAACAAGUUCUUACUUCCUCGUCAUCCUUAGAGCCCUCAUCGGAUUCCUUCAAGGAGCAACUUUCCCAGCUAUGCACACUAUGUGGUCAGUUUGGGGACCACCACUCGAACUCUCUGUGUUGACAGGAAUCACUUAUGCAGGAUCUCAAGUUGGUAAUGUUGUUGUACUUCCCCUUGCUGGUUAUCUCUGCCAAAACGGUUUUGAUGGAGGAUGGCCAAGUAUCUUCUACAUCCUUGGUUUCGCUGGUGUCUUCUGGUGUGCCGCUUGGAUGUAUAUGACCUCUGAUCGCCCAGCCACCCACCCUCGCAUUAGCGCUGAAGAAAAAAAUUACAUUAUCGAGUCCAUUGAAGCUAGUACAGGAAAGGGACAUGAUAAGCCACCUCCAACCCCAUGGAAGAGCAUCUUCACAAGUCGAGCUGUAUGGGCUUGCUGGAUCGGACACUUUGCUGGAGAUUGGGGAGCUUAUACCAUGAUGGUAGCUAUGCCUAUGUUCUUGAAGGAUGUUUUGCAACUCGAUUUAUCAUCUCUUGGUGUUUUGGCCUCCGUUCCAUAUGUUGCUUACUUCUUAGCUAUCAACGUUGGAGGUAUUCUGGCCGAUACUAUUCGUUCUAAAGGAAUCUUGGGAACUUUGAACACCAGAAGAGGGGCUAUGUUAACAGCUUUGAUUGGCCAAGCUAUCUUCCUUGUUCUCUCAAGUUACUGUGGAUGUGGACAAGAGAUCCUUGUCAUCGUCUUCCUUACCAUCGGUAUGGCUAUCUCCGGACUCCAAUACUCUGGAUUUGUUGUUAACUACCUUGAUAUUGCUCCUAUUUAUUCUGGAACCAUUAUGGGAAUCGGAAACACCAUCUCCUGCCUUGCUGGUGUUUUGACUCCAGAAGUCACAACCUUCCUUGUCCGCAAUAAUAGUCAAGAAGAAUGGCAAUUGGUCAUGUGGGUAACUGCCGGAGUUCUUGUCACUGGUUCAGUUAUUUUCUCACUCUUCGCUAAGGGUGAAGUUCAAGAAUGGGCUAAGAACAAGUCAGCUGACUCAGUUGAAGGAAUUCCUCUUAAGGAGAAGACCCCUGAAGCUUAA